AUGACCUCUCUUUCCACCAACAACGAGCUCCAUCAGUGUCUUGCUGGUCUAUACCUUGGGGGCCUGAACAUCACAUCUAAAGUUGAAUGGAUAUAUGCAAAGGCUCGCCACUGCCAUGUUCUCUGUGCUAAGGGUGCCGAUAGAACAAAUGCAUGGGCGCAACUUGAAAGAAUCAUGGAUGAAAGCUUGCUGGGAUACGAAGAUUUCCCCACAUACAUCAAGAACCUAAUGCUGGGUGGUACUCAUCACCAUUACUCCUUAGUCAAUGAGGAGGGUGCAAAUGCACCUCAGAUCAAGUCGUGCUGGGAUAAUAUUCGUUUUCUGGCUACUCCUCAGCAGGAGUAUGAGACCAAGUCCAAAACACGAUACAAGCUUACUCCAGGCAAUCAUGCAGUUGCAUUAAGAUUUGCUAAUGCAACCACAACUCAACAGCCACAGCAGACAGUCCUUGAGUCCUUCAGGACAAAACUGCGGAAACUUCAAGAGAGACUGAACAUCCUGAGGUGGAAAAAGGGCCCAGCACAACACCAACAGAGCCAUGCACCCCAGAAAACAAAGGCAAAGAUUAUAACAAUGACGAUGGCGAUGACAGCACUGAUGGUGAUGAUGAUUCAGCAUUGGCCUGUAUCACAGGAAAAUGUCCCCAUGCAUGACAAGAUGUUCAAGAUGGCAAACCAAUCCUUUACCUCAGAGGGCAAAAAGGCGACCUUCUCCACAUGCAUCGAGGAGAUUAUUGUCCUCUGA